AUGGAGGAAAUGAAGCGGAAAGUUGAAGACGAUCGCCGAGCUCUUAGCGCAGAGAGCGAGCAGAUGCAUGCUAAGAUGGACUUCCAGGUGGACGAGCGGGUGCGAGAAGCCUUGGAGGAGCACAACACACGCGAGCAAGCACUGAUCCAAGAUAUCGAUGCACUACGGCUCGCAUUACGAGAAUGCAAGCAGGAGCUAGCGAAGACCAAGAAAGAUGCAAGCGCUGCUGCCAUGGAGGACAGCACCAAGUUUAAUAUUAGUGGCGAGACGGUUUCCUGGUCACCUUUUAGAGUCAGGAAGGCGUGGCGUGAGCUGCUGGCCGAGGCGAUUCAUGCCUCAAAGGCUGUGGAACAGGAUAUUCUGUGUCGAAAGGACCUCGAGAAGGAGGUUGAAAGGCUUAAGGGCGAACUCAAACAGGCUGACAUCCGCUUGGAUUCUCUGUCUGUCGACUUGGCCCAAAAGAAUAAGAUGGUGGACAAGAUCGCGGAACUGCAAAGAACGACGGGAGAGGCCCAAGAGGGGCUGCGUGCGGCAAAUAAUCGCUUCAACGAGGAGGUCAUGCGCAUGAACGCAGACGUCGCCAACGCGGAGAACGCGUUGGAGAAGAGCUCCAGAGAGUGCAGGAGGUUAGAGGCUGCUGUGGAUGAUGCCAUUGCCGACAAGGAGCAAGCUCAGGCAUUAGUCGAGGCAGAAAGGACGGAGGUAAAACGACUAUCUUUGGCGGCCGUGAGCACAGAGACGGCGCUCACAGAAGCUAACUCCAAGGUCGAGGGGCUAGCAAGGCAGCUGAAGAAUGUUCAACAACGUAUGGAGGCCUCAGAGGGCCUGGAGAGAGACCUCAAACGCCUUGGGCAGGAGGCGGAGGAAAUGCAUCAGAAGUCUCAUCGAGUUCUAGUCGAGAAACAGAGAGAGAUGGAAGCGUACAGGAGUCGUGUGGAGGAGGGAGAAGCUCUGUCGAGGAAACUACAAGGAAGCCUAGCAGAAGCGGAAGGUCGAGCCCUACAAGAGAAGGGGGCGGCAGAGCGGCUGAUGUUACGCGUGUCCUCUCUGGAGGGCCAAGUUUUGGAAGGUAAAGCUGCCCUUGCUUCUAUUGAGGCUGAUAGGAGCGGGAUCCUCUCCGAGCUUACAGCGGCUAGGGAGGCAGCUGCUUGGGCGGAAGAGUUGAAGGCGGCCAUCACGGAAUCGACGUCGAGGGAAGAGUCUUUAAGAGUGGAGAUGGCAGCAACGAGAAACGCCCUCGAGGCGGCAGAAACAUCGCUUGAGCGAGAGAGACAUGUUUCGAGUGAGACUAGGACGGAUCUGGUCAGGCGUGCUGAAGGGACCGAAAAGAGAUGCGAGAGCUUACAAAGUAGCACGAAGGAGGUCACGCAAAAACUCCGAGACACGGAACAACGAUUCCACAAGGAGCUGGAAAAAUCGAAGGAGAGGGAAACCGAAAUGUGGGCACAAUUGCAACAGGUGUCCAGCAAUUUCGCCGAGGUGGUAAAAAGCAAGAAGGAGGGUGAGACAUUGUUCAAUGCUAAACUCGGCGAUUUGGAGAAACACCUUAACGAGACUGAGAAACAGCUUUUGGGGUCGCAGGCGGAGUGUGUACGAUUAAAGGAAGCUGCGCACCGCGAAGUGAAAGAUAAGGAGGCGGAACUGGAAAGCCUCAAAGAACGACUUUCAAGAAAGAAGGACAAGUCCGCAGCCCAGAAAUUGUCUUUGGAGCAGGAGAUAAAGACGCUGACCGACAAGCUCUCGGAGGGACGGGUGGUGGAAGAGGGAAUCAGGGAGGUGUCGGAAAGGGAAGAGGAAGCCCGAAACAAGCUCACAGUGCUGCAGAACGCAAGAAUCGCCGCCGAACAGGAGACCGCAGCGGCCCGGGCAGAGGCCGCUGGUCUAAAGAACCAGCUUCAUGACCUGCGCACUAGGUUUGACGACGAGUCUGCCCGACUGCGUGAGGACGUUGAAGUAUCCCGAAUGCGGUUCACAGCGGCCACCUCAAAGGACACGACCAACCGACUGGAAGGCGACCUCGCUCGACUUACAGCACAGGGAAGAGGCGUGCCUGCGCAGAAUUAGCCACAAUGGGGCAAGAAUACCAGGUGGCGGCUGGCAGCAUGGAUCCUGAUGCUCCUCGUGGGGGGGAUUUACAAGAAAUCACAGGGUUGAAGUUCAAGGUUGUUGAGUGCCAG